CGGCUGGGGGGGGGAGGCACGCCCUAUAGACUACAUUUCCCAUAGUGCACCGCUCUCCCCAUGAUGUUCCUAACAGCUGACAGACGCUGAAAGCCACUAGCAGAGAACUGUCUGUUGGCGGGGGGGAGAAGACUCUCUUGUCGCGAAACAACGGACUUAAACGUCACAUCGAGGGAGCUUUUCAACAAUCUCCUUCCAUCGAUCAUAUUCACUGGAUUUAAAGAAAACGAGAUACAUUGCCUUCGAUCAGACUCCGGAUCGGAAGCUGGGGACAGUCGCUCGGUCAGGUGCUUCUUGUCACAAUAGUUCACUGGGGCUGCUGCAUAUGUCGGAUUUUAUCCAGUAACGCUUCGACUCAAGCCCUCCCAGCCGAGCCCAAAUGCCGAGGAAUGGAUAGUGUGUCUACUAUCGGCGGGAACAUGGUCGAAAGUGGCGAGAAACCGGAGAGGGACGGUGGCGGUUGCGGUGGGGGCGACGCAGCCAUGGCCGCGCUCCACCAGUGCGAACUGAUCCAGAACAUGAUAGAUAUCUCCAUCUCCAGCUUGCAGGGACUCAGGACAAAAUGCGCCGCGUCCAACGACCUCACGCAGCAAGAAAUCCGCACACUGGAGGUGAAGCUGGUGAAGUACAUCUGUAAACAGCUGCAGUUCAAGCUCAAAGUGCCAGAGACCGAGAGGCCCGACAACCUGGAAAGCUAUCCGCGCCUGCGAGACUGGCUCCGCACCAUCAAUUUACGACCAGAACUCAUCGAGGCAGUGGAAGUGAAGUUCUCCCUGGAUGCCUUACUGCAGAUGGCAGGAACUCAAGUGCGGGACACAAUGCGAAGGCUUAGCUUCACCUCAGAAGAAUGUGCUCGCCUAAGUGCUGCCCUCUCCUGCCUCAAGAGUGCAACUGAAGCCGGAGGUGAACCGAAAGAAGACAGCACAACUUGGUUGUCUGAGCCCGCCAGGAGGGACAGCGGAUCUCUCCUGACUGCCGAUCAAGUUUCUAGCCUUGGAAACCCGCUCCGGCCGCACAGCCCCUCGCCUCUAGCCCGCCCGUCCACCAUCCAUUCCACGCCCUCCACCCCAUGCGCUAUUUUUCCUCAUCCUCGCUCCGGCUCUGUGUCAGCGGUGCCCACGCCCGAGGCUCAGAUUCCACACCUACACGGCGAAAGCCCCCUCACCAACGCAUUCCCCAUGUCCAUAGCUCGCUCCAACCGUCUCCAAGGCCACACUUCCACACCACCCGUAACGCCACCGUCAAAGCGGCGCCACCGACUGAAGCCUCCAUGCACCCCGCCGCCUCCGUCCCGCAAAGUGCUCCAUCUGCUUCCCAACAUCACCCUCACCCGCAGCAAAAGUCACGAAUCGCAGUUGGGCAAUCGCAUCGAAGACCCGCUCACCAACAAAUGUGUCAAAAAGAACAAAAUUCACUUGAAUAUGCAAGUCAACGGGAAUGGCCAUGAGGACACGCCUUCUCGCUACCCCGCGGUUCCUGUACGAACCCCAGGGGUGUCCCCAGCUGCAACCACUGCGCCUUACACCCUUCCUGCUACACCAACCCUGUUGGAAGAGCAUAGCGUCAUCAAAAAUCACAAACCAGUUCACCGCAGCUCUCCGCAAGCUGUGAGGAGGGACAUCGGCCUUGCAGUCACACACAGGUUCUCCACCAAGUCCUGGCUCUCCCAGACGUGUCAGGUGUGUCAGAAGAACAUGAUGUUUGGAGUUAAGUGUAAACACUGUCGAUUAAAGUGCCACAACAAGUGCACAAAGGAGGCGCCAUCCUGCAGAAUUUCUUUUCUUCCAAUUGCCAAAAUUCGGAGGACCGAGUCUGUGCCAUCAGAUAUAAACAACCCAGUGGAUCGUCCUCCCGAAGCGCCACAGUUUGGUACACUACCAAAAGCCAUUACUAAAAAGGAUCAUCCUCCCGCCCUGAACCAGCUCGACUCCAGCAGUAAUCCGUCCUCUACGACCUCAUCUACGCCCUCCUCCCCGGCGCCCUUCCAGCAGAGUAACCCUCCGAGUGCCACGCCGCCACCCAACCCCUCGCCCAAAGGCCAUCGGGACAGCCGCUUCAACUUCCCAGCUGCCUGCUACUUUCACCAUAGACAACAGUUUAUCUUCCCCGACGUCUCCGGCCCUGCCACUUUACAUACUGAUAUCCUCCAAGAUACAGUCAGUGAAAUUGUGCAGUCAGUAGAGGACAUACAUGCUGAUCUGGUCGAAGAUGAAGAUGAAGAUGAGGAGGAAGGAGAAGAUGACAUUGAGGUCGAAGAUGAAGACCCUGAAUUGGAUGAGGACAAUGAGGAGGAAGAGGAGGACAUUUGCGAUGAAGGGGAGGACGAGGAGGAUGGCGAGGAGAUCCGGAUGAACAUGGGCUCUGAUGGCGAGUGCGAAAGCGACAAGUUGGACGAUCUGCCUUGCUCGCGGGGGAACCAAUGGAAGGUCCCCAUCUCCCGCAAAGCCAGCCAGACCAGCGUCUAUCUGCAGGAAUGGGACAUCCCUUUUGAGCAACUGGACCUUGGAGAACUCAUAGGGAAGGGCCGCUGGGGCAAGGUGCAUAAAGGUCGAUGGCACGGCGAGGUGGCGAUCAGACUUCUUGAGAUUGACGGAAACAAUCAGGACCACCUGAAGCUCUUUAAAAAGGAGGUGAUGAACUACAGGCAGACCAGACAUGAGAAUGUGGUGCUCUUCAUGGGGGCUUGCAUGGCCCCACCUCACUUAGCUAUCAUCACUAGUUUCUGUAAAGGGAGGACGCUCUAUUCAGUUGUGCGAGAUAGCAAAAACACUUUGGAUAUCAACAAGACCAGACAAAUCGCCCAGGAAAUUGUCAAGGGAAUGGGAUAUCUGCACGCUAAAGGCAUUGUCCACAAAGACUUGAAGUCCAAGAACGUCUUUCAUGAUACCAACAAGGUCGUGAUCACAGAUUUUGGCCUUUUUGGGAUUUCUGGUGUCGUUCAGGAAGGCAGGCGGGAGAAUCAACUCAAACUUCCACAUGGCUGGAUUUGUUACCUCGCACCGGAAAUAGUGCGUAAGAUGAGUCCGGGGAACAACGAGGACCGACUUCCUUUCUCCACCGCGGCAGAUGUGUACGCCUUUGGCACCAUUUGGUACGAGCUCCAAGUCAGGGACUGGCCAAUCACCAACCAGCCCGUGGAAGCAACCAUCUGGCAGGUGGGCAGUGGAGAAGGUAUAAAAAAGAUCCUGUCAGAGAUCAGCCUGGGGAAAGAGGUCACGGAGAUCCUCUCGGCCUGCUGGGCUUACGACCUGCGGGAGCGGCCCCCUUUCACGCAGCUGGCCGACAUGUUGGAGAAGCUGCCCAAACUCAACCGCAGGCUGUCUCACCCGGGACACUUCUGGAAGUCAGCAGAGUUGUAGCGGCAAACAUAAGCAAUGCAACACAAAGCCUGGGUCUGCCUUGCAUGCUCCCGAAUCCUUAACGCCCACAGGAUUGUUCAAAGCAUUGCCUCGAACACACUCUACUUUUACACACACACACACACACACACACACACACACUCGUCUUCGUCUUGUUUGAAAAGAGAGCAUCAGUGGACAGAUGUGUAGCACACUUUUUCUCCUCCCCUUCCUUUGGGUUAAUCUGAGGCUUUGGUUGUUACCACAUGAUGCACGCGCGCGCGCGCGCACACACACACACACACACACACACACACACACACACACACACUCUUACACUUUGCAGGACAUUAAAUGCACCACGAAACCCUUAAUCGAUCUCGCUUGCGUGGUGUGCCCAAAGCCUCCCAGUUCAUUAGGUUUCAUUUUGAACAGUGAUUGCAUGUUUUGCAAAAGGUCCUUUUUGAUUUACAGUAUUUAUUUAAUUUUUUGUAAUUUGGUGAACCUACCAUUGCAGUGUUUUGUGGCAUUUGUUUUCAAAAGAAAACAUUCGCUUCUUUGUUCUGUGCUAAUUUGGUGACCCCGCAACACUCGCCCAUUGAUUUCUUGAGCAUUUAAUUGCAUACCCCCCCCCCUUUUAUUUAUUCAACAUCCUCCCAGGGAAAGGAAUACAUGCUGGAUUUCUUUUUUUAAGCUGUCAAGUGCACCUUAUAAGAAGAUUAGUUAUUUCAAACAGCUGAGGAGGGACUUCAUGAGGAAAGAAAAAAAAAAUCAGGAACCUGGUGCAAAAGUGUCCUAUCUUCCUUAAACAUUGCCUCCUCUGAGUGUGUGUGUGUGUGCGCGUGUGUGUUUUUUGCAGUUGUGCUUGCAUUGUGCUUGUAUGUGUGUGACUGGAACAUGCUGGGUUAAUUUGUGUAUUGUUGCAAAUCCAUUGGUAAGUGCUGUAAAUACAUUAUUUAAUGUACAGCAAUUUAUGACGAUCGAACAUUUGUACAAACAUUUUCUAUGUAAAAGGCAUCAACUAAUUUUUUUGCAAUACGGCCCACUUCCGCCAAUACAGAUGUAUAUAUAUUUAUAUUUUUGUCAUGUAUAAAGACUGUACAUUUUUUUAAAAAAUGGGCCAAUACAUGUUUGUUUUUUUAAUUUUUUUUUUUAUUUUAUGUUAUAAAAAUUCAUAUUUUUGUAUUGCAUGUGAAGACCGUUCCGUACACGCAGGUUCUGUUUUCAUCCAUGGAAAAGAAUAAAAUGAGGCUCAUCAUAUGACAAUA